AUGGCCGCGCUGAGCAGCUCGCAAAUCCCCGAUGGGGAGUUCACUGCCGUCGUGUACCGGCUCAUCCGCGAUUCGCGCUACGCCCAGGCCGUGCAGCUGCUGGGCAGCGAGCUCCAGCGGAGCCCGAGGAGCCGCGCCGGCCUGUCGCUGCUGGGCUACUGCUACUACCGCCUGCAGGAGUUCACGCUGGCGGCCGAGUGCUAUGAGCAGCUGAGCCAGCUGCACCCCGAACUGGAGCAGUACCGCCUGUACCAGGCCCAGGCCCUGUACAAGGCCUGCCUCUAUCCAGAGGCCACCCGGGUCGCCUUCCUCCUCCUGGACAACCCCGCCUACCACAACCGGGUCCUCCGUCUGCAAGCCGCGAUCAAGUACAGCGAGGGUGACCUGCCAGGGGCCAAGAGCCUGGUGGAGCAGCUACUGGGCGGGGAAGGGGCAGAGGACAGUGGGGGCGAGAACGAGCCCGAUGGUCAGGUCAACCUGGGGUGUUUGCUCUACAAGGAGGGACAGUAUGAGGCCGCGUGUUCCAAGUUCUUUGCGGCCCUCCAGGCUUCUGGCUACCGGCCUGACCUUUCCUACAACCUGGCCUUGGCUUAUUACAGCCGCCGGCACUAUGCCCCGGCGCUGAAGCACAUUGGUGACAUUAUUGAGCGUGGCAUCCGCCAGCACCCAGAGCUAGGUGUGGGCAUGACCACUGACGGCAUUGAUGUUCGAAGUGUUGGCAACACCUUAGUCCUUCACCAGACUGCCCUGGUGGAAGCCUUCAACCUCAAGGCAGCCAUAGAAUACCAACUGAGAAACUAUGAGGCGGCCCAGGAAGCCCUCACUGACAUGCCACCCAGGGCAGAAGAAGAGUUGGACCCGGUGACCCUGCACAACCAGGCGCUAAUGAACAUGGAUGCCAGGCCUACAGAAGGGUUUGAAAAGCUACAGUUUUUGCUCCAACAGAACCCCUUUCCCCCGGAGACCUUUGGCAACCUGCUGCUGCUCUACUGCAAGUAUGAGUAUUUUGACCUGGCAGCAGAUGUCCUGGCUGAGAAUGCCCAUUUCACUUACAAGUUCCUCACACCCUAUCUCUAUGACUUCUUGGAUGCUUUGAUCACUUGCCAGACAGCCCCUGAAGAGGCGUUCAUUAAGCUGGAUGGGCUAGCAGGGAUACUGACUGAACAGCUCCGGAAACUCACCAUACAAGUACAGGAAGCAAGACACAAUAGAGAUGAUGAAGCUGUCAAGAAGGCAGUGAAUGAAUAUGAUGACACUCUGGAGAAGUAUAUUCCUGUGUUGAUGGCCCAGGCCAAAAUCUACUGGAACCUUGAGAAUUAUCCAAUGGUGGAAAAGAUCUUCCGCAAAUCUGUGGAGUUCUGUAAUGACCAUGAUGUGUGGAAAAUCUACCAUCUCUGCAUUGUGAAUUUGGUGAUAGGCACGCUUUAUUGUGCCAAAGGAAAUUAUGACUUUGGUAUUUCUCGGGUUAUCAAAAGCCUGGAACCUUAUCAUAAGAAACUGGGAACUGAUACCUGGUAUUAUGCCAAAAGAUGCUUCCUGUCCUUAUUAGAAAACAUGUCAAAACACACAAUCCUGCUUCGUGACAGUGUUAUUCAAGAAUGUGUCCAGUUUCUAGAACAAUGUGAACUCUAUGGGAGAAACAUACCUGCCGUUAUUGAACAACCUUUGGAAGAAGAAAGAAUGCAUACUGGAAAGAAUACAGUCACAUAUGAAUCCAGACAGCUAAAAGCUUUGAUUUAUGAGAUUAUAGGAUGGAAUAUAUAGUAA